AUGGCACUCAGCGCUUACCUGCCCAAGUCCUUGCUCAAAUGCUUAUGUGCAAACUACACCGUCAAGCUCACCACGCCAAACGCGAGAACACAUUUCAGCACAGCGAAAAUCCCAGAGAGCGUAAAAGCAUUGUACGAGAAGAAAGUUGAACAAAUGGAAUUGCGAAAAAAACAGUUGGAAAUGAAAAAAAAAAAAAUGGAUAAAGUUCAAAUUUCGAAGGAACGAAAAAAUAAAUUCAAGUCUUCCAAGGGACAGCACAACGUAUUUUAG